CCGCGCUCCGGGGGGGAGGGGGAGGGGGAGGGGGACGGGGACAGGACCUGCCUGUGCAAUAUGACUUUGGAGGAAUUCGCGGCCGGAGAACAGAAAACUGAAGGGAUGGACAAGGUCGGUGAUGCCCUGGAGGAGGUUCUCAGCAAAGCCUUGAGUCAGCGAAGUAUCACGGUUGGGGUCUACGAGGCGGCGAAGCUGCUCAACGUGGACCCCGAUAACGUGGUGCUGUGCCUGCUGGCUGCGGACGAGGAUGACGAUCGGGACGUGGCCCUGCAGAUCCAUUUCACCCUCAUCCAGGCUUUCUGCUGCGAGAAUGACAUCAACAUUCUGCGGGUCAGCAACCCUGGGCGCCUGGCCGAGCUGCUGCUGCUGGGGACGGGUGGCUCGGCGGCCGCCUCGGGCGGGGGAGCCGAGCAGCCCCCGGACCUGCACUGCGUCCUGGUGACGAACCCACAUUCUUCUCAAUGGAAGGAUCCGGCCUUAAGUCAGCUUAUUUGUUUUUGCCGGGAAAGCCGAUACAUGGAUCAGUGGGUGCCGGUGAUUAACCUCCCUGAACGGUGAUGGCUUCCCACUGAAAGUAACUGAGCCCAGUUGCACUGAAGUUUUGAAAUACCUUUGUAGUUACUCAAGCUAACUCCCUACACUGAUGCAAGGAUUACAGAAAUUGAUGUCCAGUAGGCUGAGUCCAACUACACGUUCUUGGGGACCGGAGAUUGAUGACUUUGCAGAAGGAAAGAGAAGAGAAUGAAAAGACUGAAGCUGUUUGGAAACAAGCCAAAGUCAAAAGGAACAAAAAAAAUUUUGGCAAAGAACCAUGCAGGAAGGGGGAAAAUGUAUUCAUUUAGGAUGGUUGAGUUACAUUGAGAUAAACCAAAUAUGCAUUGUUGAAGUUUAAAUGUACAGCAGUAGUUUGGGUAUUUUUUGGUUUAUGUGCCCUUAAAAUGAAAGAGCAAAGGGGUUAAUUAUAUUUUAAAAACCAUAUUUUAUUGUAUUUUGAUGGGAUGUUUAAAUUCUUGGAGUUUUAUUAUGAAUUGUACUAAGUUAUUUUAUGACAUGAAAGGUUAUUUAUGCUAUAAAUUUUUGGAAUACAAUA